AUGGAUGAGUAUGCAUCGGCGUUAUUGGCAGCCAAGGAGGAGAACUACGAGGCCGCAAGUAAAAGCUUGCAAUCUGGUCUAGAAGAAGCCUAUAGGGUCUGCAGUGAGCUACAUCCCACGGGCAGAGCCAGGGGCCAUCCAUAUGAGUGCAGAGAUUCUAACGGUCCUGUCUUGCUGCUGGCAUCAUUACAUACACUGAACGGAAGCAUCCUGUACAGGCAGCAACAGUGGACUGCGAGUCUUGGCGAAUACAUGACUGCACGAAGGCUUCUACAACGCACACUCAACGCUACAACGCGACUCCAAACUGCGUUUUUGGCUAAUUGUAUCGGCAAGUGCCACUUGCAGCUGGGGAGUUAUUCAGAGGGCAUCUCUCAUCUAGAGAAGGGGGUACAGCAUGCUAUGUCUACUACCAUAACAUAUACAGCAGGAUCCGAGGAGGAGCGGGCGAGCAUCACAAGGGAUGUGAGUAUUAUUCUUGCGGGGCUUCACACCACUCUGUCGUGCUGCUACAUCCAACUUCGAAAGCCUGUGGAGGCACUCAUACAUGCAAAAUUUGUUCACCGGCGAUUGGAAGCAUGCUUUCCCGAAACAGAUGACCAUGCCCGAGCAUCUGUGCUGCUAGCAGAAUGUAUGAUUUGUGCUGACAAUGGAAGCAGGGCAACCUUUACGAAGGCAUUGGGCCUUCUAGACAAGGCUGCCAGAGUGUAUCGACAGCUUCUAAAAGCUUCUCGAGCAGACAGCGGGGAGCCUUCUUGGGAGCAGCAGGAGCGUGUGUUAUGGCUUCUGAACACAUACUACUUGAUAUCACGGGUUUUGUUAUUUACAAAUUGCAAGCGGGACGCAGAACUUUAUGCUUACAAAGCAGAAAAGCUUGCCAUGAUCAUGCGUCUUCAGCCCAAUGACACCAUUUAUCUCAAAAUAAACGAGCUAAUAUACUGCUGUCGACACGGCAUCCCCCACACCUCUUCUGUGCGCAAGGAGGCCCCAGACACUGCCAUAGAAAGGGAUCUGCAUAGUCUCCUGGCUUCAGACACUCGGGAGCGCCUCAAGAACGAUCCUAACCUCGCAGCUACCAUAAGGAACACCGCACAUACUAUACAGAAAAGUGACCACGGCAUGCCCGAGCGUGCCACGAGACCUGCAAGUGCACCUUUUCUGACAAAUCCUGAGAAGUUUAACCUCAAGCCUGCACAGCUAUUGGCAGACAUGGACCGCCGAGGACGAAUACUAGAAGGGCUAGAUUAUUAUUCGGAGAUGGAGAAGAAGAGCCAAAAAGACGGUGAUGACCCCGAUGAAGUUGCGCAAUUAAUACGUCGCUAUAAGACGAUAGACAUAAAGCCCUAUGCCCCACUAAAAUAG